AUAAAAGGGAUUUUGAAAAGAAAUCGCUAAUUGUGCAUAAUAAAAAACUUAACAGCAGUUAACAAAGACCUGUGCGGUUUUGGAGAUAAAAGCAUAUUGGUUCCAAAUGUGACUCAGUCAUUUCAUUCUCGGUCGGGUACAAGAACUUUGUUUUGAAAGAAAAUAAUCCCUUGAUUUUAGACAAAUAUUAUUGUUGCUAUUUGACCAAUUCAAAAUCAUUAGUAGUGACUCCGUCCUUAACGCUCUAUUUAUCUCAUUGGAUCUGGAAUUCCUUUGUUCCAUCUCUUUCCCUCCCUCACUGAUCAGGAAUGAGAUUGAUUCUGCUUUGCAUGCAUACAAGCAUGCAGGUCAUAUUGCUUGGAUCGUGAUUAGUUCUUAAUUUCUCGCAAAUCUCUCUAUUCUCAUCAUCAUGAGUGGUGCUAAACAUGAAUUGAUAUCGGUUCGCCCUAAAGUGCUCAAAUUCCAAUGUACGAUUAUCUUUGUUCUUCUUCAUCUGUCUGUACACAUCAUUGUCAAAUUAUAUGUAUAUGUCUUGAAUGCUAACAGGUAUUGUUCUAAGCUAAUCUGUUCUUGAAUGAUACAAUUGGAAAAGGCUCUGAAAAUGAUUCUGUUCAUAUAAUGGUGUGGCACUACCUUAAUUUUCUUUCAAUUGAUAGUAAUAAACUGAUAAUCCAAUGUACCUGUUCUUAGUUGAGCUGGAAAAACAAACUUAUUGUGUUCUUGAAGUUGAAAAUAACAGAUUACAUUCUGUCGCUUUUAAGGUAAAAACAAAUUCACCAGAGAAGUACAUAGUAUGUCCAAACAAAGGUGUUAUACAGCCUUGGCAAAUAUGUCUUGUAAGAGUUACUCUUCAACCUCAAAAGGAAUACCCUCCAAAUAUGCAAUGUAAGGAUAAGUUUCUCAUCCAGAGCACAAUUGUUGAUCCACACGACGAGGUUGAUGAUCUUUCACAAGAUACUUUUACAAAGGAUUGUGGAUGGUCAAUAGAAGAAUGCAAGGUUAAGGUUACCUAUGUAUAUCAUGAAGCAUCUAUUGACGAUUCAGAAGACGACCAAGAAACAUUUAGGAUUGGGAAAAGGGAUUAUGAAGACAAUACUGAUGUGUCGAAGAGGAGAAACCCUUUAUUCAGUUUCUUAUUUUCAUUCCUAGUGGUGGUGGUAGGAUUCUCGGUUGGCUUCAUUUUGAAACUUUUGAGUGAAGAAUGAUCCCACCCAUAUUGCUUUAAAUUAUGUAUAUUGUUUUAAUGUCUCAAGUUUGAUUCUUAUUGAAAAUUAAUGUUUAGAUUUCAUUGGAGAUUAUAUGAUAUCCAAAAAGUUUGUCAAACAACGAUC